AUGAGGAGAAAUGUCCAUGCCUUUUCUAUCAUAGCUUGGAGUUGGAGACUGUUCAGUUCUUCUUCCAACAGCAAUCUUGGAGGUAUUUCUCAGUGUUUCUCUCCAAGCCCACUUCCUCUUUCAUUACCCUUUUGUUGCAUUAGUAGCAAUUUUAGUGUUUUUUCGCCCCAUUUUUAUUCUCCAAGGACUAUUCAUUCUCACAAUCAGAGUCAUUAUAAAUCUGGUUUUGCUGACAAUGUUAAAACUCUUGAUGCUGCCUUGGAUUUGUACGAGCAGAUGGUGUUAACGAGCCCUCUGCCUUCCGUUAUUGAGUUUGACAAAUUGCUCGGUCGAGUCAUUAAGUUGGAGCAUUAUUCAGCUGCUAUUUUGAUGUACAAACAUAUGUGCUUCUUGGGUUUUAUUCCAGUUGAUCAUUAUAUCAUGACGAGAGCCAUUAUUUGCUACUCUUUCUUGAAUAGGAUUGAUUGUAGUUUUUCUGUUUUGGGGUCCUUCAUCAAGCGUGGUUACGCGCCUAAUGUUGUAACCUUUACCACUUUAGUCAGAGGGUUGUUUCGAGCACGUAUGAUUCACGAGGCACUAGAAUUAUUGGAGUGGAUAAUAUGUGUAAAGCUCUGUGAGCCCAAUGGGGUUCUGUAUGGUACCAUAAUAGAUGGUCUGUGUAAGGAGGGAAACACUAGCGCAGCUAUUCAAGUUCUUAGGAUAAUGGAAAAAGGAAAGUGUAAGCCUGAUACUAUUAUGUACAGCACCAUUAUUGACAGCUUGUGCAAACAUAAGAUGGUUAAUAAGGCUCUUACCCUUUUCUCUGAGAUGAUUGAUAAGGGCAUUCUCCCAAAUAUCAUCACUUAUAAUUGUUUGAUUCAUGGUCUAUGUCGAAAUGGUAAAUGGAUGAAGGCUAAAAAGGUGUGGGUUGGUAUGGUUGAUUUUAAUACAUAUCCAGAUGUUCGUACAUUUAAUAUGUUGGUUGAUGCACUUUGUAAGGAUGGAAGAAUUGAUGAUGCUGAGUAUGUGAUUGAUACCAUGAUUCAACGAGGUGAGAGUCCUAAUAUAGUCACCUACAGUUCACUGAUGGAUGGCUAUUGUAUGCUGGGCAGGAUUGCUGAUGCGAGAAGAGUUUUUGAUCUGAUGAAUGCUAGAGGAAUGCAUCCUGAUACUCACAGCUAUAGUAUUUUGAUUAAGGGAUAUUUCAAGAUAAUGAAAGUGGAUGAGGCUAUGCAGCUCUUUCGGGAGAUUAAAUCUAAAGGUUUAAAACCUAACAUUGUCACUUACACAACUAUCUUACAGGGCUUGUUUAGGAUGGGAGAGUUGGCUACAGCAAAACAUGUUAUCAACAAGAUGAAAGCUACUGCCCUGAUUCCUGAUUUUCACGCUUACUGUGUCAUAUUGGAUGGCUUGUCAAAAAAUGGACAUAUCAAUGAAGCAUUGCAAUUACUGGAGAAGAUUGGAAGUGACCGGAUAGGCCUUGAUAUUACCAUGGUAAACAUCAUCAUUAAUGGAUUUUGCAAAAGUGGGAAACUUGAUCUUGCACAAGAUAUUUUUCGAAGUCUUCCUAGUAAAGGACUGCUUCCCAACAUUGUGACUUACACUGUGUUGGUAAAGGGACUUUGUGAAGCAGGAAAGCUGAGGGAAGCUAAGGGGCUUCUUGUGAAAAUGAAAGAAGAUAGCUGUUAUCCAGAUGACCUUGCUUACAAUACCAUUGUCCGUGGAUUUGUUAAAAGGGAUGACUAUGUUGAGCAAAAAUGCAUCUUGAAGAAAUGACUGGGAAAGGUUUUUCUCUUGACUAAUCCACUGGUUUGAUGUUACUGGAUUUAGUUAUCACUGAACGAAACAAUCCUAAUAAAAGCAUCUUCAGGAAAUACUUGCAAAAGGUGUAUUUUAUUGUCUGAGAUUCCUUGAAGAGCUCGUUUGCUUGGAAAUGGCCUGAAUGGCUAAAUUGGAAAUUGGAAACUGGAAAGUGGUAAAGGUCUCCAUCAUGAUGUCUUGGCGAACACUAUGAUUAUGCACAUCUUGAGCAGAUGGCUUGUUGUGAAAAUUGAAGAGGAUGGCUGGUUG